AUGUUCGACCUGGCCCUUGCUUGUGUUUUGGUGUUUCUUCCGUUCUCUUUGGGAAGGAUCGUCUUAUGGUGCAUAUUGUGUUCCGAUUCUUGCAAUGUGGGUGAAGUCAACUCCUACACUUCGACAGCUUCUGUCCUUCUAAUUGGAUACGGGUUUAUCAUUUCUGUGGGUGUAAUUUAUGCUGGGCUGUACAUUUUUGGCCAAUACUUGAGGGGGAAGCGCCUUGCGAUCGCAGCUUUCAUUAGAAGUCUGUCUGGUAUAUUCCUCACAGGGAUCACAUGUUUUACCAGUGUUGCCAGUUUUUGUCUUAAUACCCUGCACGGACUUAUAAUAUACCCGCUCUUCUUUGGCUGGUCGCUUGAUAUCUGCACUUCAAAAAUGUUCGGUGCAACAAUGUCUCAAAGGUUGGAACUUAUGUUUGCUGCAUCUUUUGCUUCAACUGCUCUUCAUUGUCUUAUUGGAUUCGAAUUUUUGUAUCUACACGGCUUAUGGUCCACACUUCUUCACAAGAUAUUCAGGCCAGGAGUUGCCGUUCCCACUUUCGACUAUGAUAUUAACAUUGACGAACCAUUCUACAAAUUUUAUUUCAACAAGCCUCAUCAUCUUCUGCAUGGCAUUCUCUAUAUGGCUGCGGUUAUUUUUGUUCCUGUUCAAAUUGCUGAUCGUCUGGCACCGGAGUUGUUCCCAUUAAAUAUCACUUGGCCUGCUGAGAGCUUAUCGUUUUGGCAAGCACCUCGAAAAGUUGGCGAUUCACUUUCUCGUGUUCUUCUUCUGAGGCUUCUCAUUGACGAAACUUAUAUGCCAAAUUAUACUGUGUUGCUAGUGAAGAAGAUAACUCGGUAUUCCGUUGCCACUAAUGUGGUGCUUGCGUGGUUGACUGCUGUGAUAUUCUAUUCGGCUGUGCUUAUUUUUCCAAUAUCAAUUGGGCGUGCCUUGUUUGCCAUCACCCGGCUGCCAGUAGCAGGUGGAUUGAAAUCCAAUGAUCUGCUUGCUUUGGUUGUUGGAUUCGGCGUCGUAGUAACUACUAUUGGUGCCUCUAGAGAUGCAUUUGCCUACAUGACUAAAGGGAGAACGCACCUUCGAAAUUUGAGCCAAGCUCUGAUUGUGUUCUUAUCGUCGGCCAUCGUUCCUUUCUUGAUCGGGUCGCUGGUUGAUUUAUUGCUAAUACCAUCACCCACUGGGCCUGAUGAUGAAGUUUCGGUUUUCUACACUUGGUUCCUGGGAUUUCGAUCUCUGAGAAUCUGGGUGAAGCUGGCCCAUGAGACAAGGGACACACCUUUCCUUGCCUAUUUCAUCGAUGAAAGGUGGAGUCCAAAGAUCGUUCGGUUCGCUGCGGGUUCUCGUUCAGGGAAGGUACGGCUGCGAUUUUUCCUCCGAGAACUAUUCAUGCCUAUCGCCACGAGGCUGCUCCCUGCUCUGUGCAUUCCAUAUGUGCUUGCCAAGGGCGUCUUCCCAAGAUUCGGCUACUCUGCCGCCAUGAACUCAGCAGUCUACCGCUUCGCGUGGCUGGGUACCCUCGGCCCUUGUGCGCUCUGCUAUAUCUCCAAGCUGCUGUGCACGAAACUCCAUGAUUCGAUCAGGGAUGAGCGCUACGUCAUCGGGCAGAGGCUGGAAGACGUCGCCGAAGGUAGCUGA